AUGCCUUCGCCAUCGUCACAUAUGCUGCGGGACCCGCCAAGGGUCAAUAUCCCUCGUCUCAUCUACAUCUUCCAGAUCUUCCUCGGCCUGCUGGCUCUCGUCACCUGUAUACUCCACAUCGCCUCCACAACCAUGGCCACCAGCAGAGAUAUGCCGCUUCCGUUCCACCUCUCCUCAGACCCAGCAAAAGACAGCCGCCUCGAGCGCAUCAUGCCACCGGCGGUCAUCUUUAUCAUGUACUUCAUCACCUGUAUCCCCAUCCACCAACCAUCCACCACCAGUCCGGGCUUCAAGGGCGUUCUCCAAACCAUUUGUGUCUACCUGAGAUUUGCUCAGGUCCACUUCAGGACAAGCUCCUAUGUCCGGCCGAUCAUCAUGCUCUAUCUUGCACUGCACACUGGCUUCAAGAGCUUUAUUAUCAUCCAAGAGGUCAACAUUUACCGCCUGCUUGGAAAACUCAUUAAUAUCCUCACUACAUUCCUUCCCAAGGCUGUCUGUGCCUCAGCGGAUGGUCUCUGCAGCCUCUACAAGGGCGCAGCAUGGGCGGGAUGUGUGUUGGCAGUGUUGGUGAUCACGGACCUUGUCGUAUCAAGCAAGAAUAAGCAGCUGUUGAUCGAGCACGAAGAGCAGAAGGACAAGCGCGGACCAAGCUCCCCACCGACUUAUGAGCUGUAG